CCUCUCUCUCUCUCUAAAAUGCUCUGUGCAGUUUCUCUUCCUUUCUCUCUCUCUAAAAAUGACUAGAAAAGCACAGUUGAGAAAAGCGUCCCUCUCCCCCACUAAAAAAUGCUCUGUGACAGUUUCUCUCCGUUUCUCUAAAAGUCUGUCAAUGCAGUCACUAAAGCACGACUUUUUUGCGUUUCUGCCGAUCGCCGGACUUGAACCGUCGUUCUGUCAGAUUUAGCUACCAUUUCGAGAUCCAAACCUCUACAAUUACACGCUCGGCUGCUCUCUGAUCUUCCUUUCGUUCACAAUGAAGCCCACCGCUCGCCUCGACUCUGCUGUUUUCCAGCUCACGCCCACUCGAACAAGGUUUGAUUUGGUUAUCACUGCAAAUGGGAAGACAGAGAAAAUCGCUACAGGUUUACUGAAUCCUUUCCUUGCCCAUCUGAAGACUGCUCAAGAACAGAUUGCCAAGGGCGGUUAUUCCAUUUCGCUUGAACCUGAACCUGGCAGUGACAGAACUUGGUUCACCAAGGGCACAGUAGAAAGGUUUGUUCGCUUUGUAAGCACUCCAGAGAUCUUGGAACGAGUGUAUACAAUAGAGUCUGAGAUCUUACAGAUCGGUGAAGCAAUUGCCAUACAGGGCAACAAUGAUAUGGGUCUGAGCACUGUGGAAGAAUAUCAAGCGAAACCUAUGGGAAGCAGUGAAGCUGGCAGCAAACCUGUGGUUGAUGCUAAUGAUGAAAAGGCAAUUGUCCUUUAUAAGCCUGAUUCACAACCACCAGAGGCAAAUGGUUCCGCCACAAAGGAAGGAAAUUCAAAAGUCCAGCUUUUAAAAGUCCUGGAGAUACGUAAAACUGUACUGCAGAAAGAACAAGGCAUGGCUUUUGCACGUGCUACAGCAGCUGGUUUUGACAUUGAUCUCAUGGCACAGUUGGUUUCAUUUGCUGAAUGCUUUGGAGCCUCACGGUUGAUGGAUGCAUGCUUAAGGUUCAUAGAUCUGUGGAAGCGAAAGCAUGAAACUGGCCAGUGGGUUGAAGUCGAAGCAGCAGAAGCAAUGUCCAGCCGAUCAGAAUUUUCUGCCAUGAAUGCUUCAGGCAUUAUUCUUUCCAGCAUGGCUAACAAACAGAAUGAAUCACAUGGUGACUUAGUUUCAGAAGACAAUGGACAAGCAGGCAUUAAUGCAGGUGCAGAACAAAAACAUCCAAUGGAUCACCAAGUCCCAGUAGGCCAACAAGAAUAUUUUCAAAGUCAGUUUCCACAUCCUAUGUAUCCUCCCUGGCCUAUCCAUUCUCCACCUGGUGCUCUACCAGUCUUUCAACCAUAUCCUGGAUUGCCCUACUAUCAGAAUUAUCCAGGAAAUGGCCCAUUUUAUCCACCACAUUAUCCUCCAGGAGAUAAUUCUCAUUCCAAUGGUGGUCAUAGAGCAGGAAAGAGAAGACAAUCCAUGGAUAGCAGGGAUGGAAACACUGAAUCAGAAGAAUGGCAGAUGGAACCCUCCAAAACAAAGUCACCAGGUGAUUUAGAGUUGGAGAAUGAGUCUAGGAAGAAAGCUGGAAGAUCAGCUAAAAGGCAAUCAGGCACAGUUGUGAUUCGGAACAUCAAUUAUAUUGCCUCAAAAGGGCAGAACUCUUCAGGCAGCGAAUCCCUAUCAGCUUCUGACUCUGAUACGGACAAAGAAAUGAUGCACAAGAACUCUUUGUCCCCAAAAAGAAAAGGAAGGAAUGCUAAGUCUAAGGAUGAAUCAAAGUUGUUUAAUAAGGAAGGAACUAAUUAUGAAAAGGAGACAGAGGGAGGAAACUGGCAAGCAUUUCAAAAUUUCUUACUGAAAGACACUGAUGAACAGAGUCAUGCUGCUGAUCAAGGAAUGUUUGAUUCAGAAAAGGAUGUUCAAAUGAGGAGACGGAAGAAUGCUGUAGGUGGCGAUCCUAUAGCUGAUUGGAGAUAUUCAGCUGAAGUCCAAGAUGGGAGGAUGACUGAAAUGCAUAAAGCUGGUGGAAGUAUGACUCGGGUGAUGAGGACGUCUAAUGAUGAAGUAUUAACUUCUAGAGGAGAGGGUCAUUAUGGUAGAGGAUCUACAUAUGACCAAACGGACAUACAAUAUACCGAAAUAAAUGGAAGAAAAGUUGCAUAUAGGAGGAAUACAAAUGAUGAUUUUAUGAUUGCUGGACGGGAAACCCAUUCUCAUUAUAUGAGUUCAACAGAUCCACUGGCUGCUAAUGGAUUCAGGCAUGCCACCAAUAAUUUCGAUAAAACUUCACAAGGAAAGACUGAUGAAUCCUUCAUAGUUCCAUUCAGGUCAAUGUCACUGGAUCAAGUUGGAAAUGACGACAGAACUGCUAUUGAUAUGGAUUCUGAGCUGCCUCAUAAAACAAAAAAUAAUUCUAAUAGGAUUGGAAACCAAGCUAACUAUGAGCCAGAUGAGUUGAGCUUAAUGCCUGAACGUGGGAUCCAGAAUAGCAAUUUUGGAUAUGACCCUGCUUUAGACUAUGAAAUGCAGGUUCCUGUUAGGGAUGCUACUGCACUGGAUAACCAAAAUAAGGAAGAAAUGGCAGAUGUCAAGCAAGGGUCCAAGAAGUUAGAAAAGGACAGGAAGUCAAAAGUUACUCCAGAUUCCUUGAAUAAGAAAAAGACCGGUGGACCAAUACGGAAAGGGAAACCAUCAAAGUUAAGUCCUUUAGAAGAUGCGCGAGCUCGUGCUGAGAAACUAAGAACAUACAAAGCUGAUCUCCAGAAGAUGAAGAAAGAGAAGGAAGAGGAAGAUCGGAAACGACUGGAAGGUUUGAAGAUGGAGAGGCAAAAGAGAAUUGCCGCAAGAGCCAGCUCAACUGCUGCUCAGUCUACAUCCUCACAGCCAAGCAAGAAACCAUUACCUACAAAACUUUCACUUGGCUCUGUCAGAGGGUCAAAGUUCAGCGAUUCAGAGCCAGGAUCAUCAUCUCCUCUGCAGAGAUCUAAGAUAAGAACUGCUACACUUGGAUCCAAUGCAUCUCAGAAAACCUCUAAAAUCAGCAAAUCAAGUAAUGGAAGCCACAUGCCAGGGAAUAGGAUGACUAGAUCAGCUUCAUCAUUGUCAGAGCCAAGGAAAGAGAGCAGAAAUGCAACUCCUGAUUCAAAGCCUUCUGUGGUGCAAAUCAGAAGACUAUCCGAGCCUAAAACAAUGAGAAGCCCUUAUGUUGCACCGGUGAAGACUCCAGGUGCAGAAUUAGUAUCAAAGCGGAAGGUUUUUUCUGAGCCUGAGAGCAAAAAGAUUUCCGCUAUUAUAAACCUUGAUAGAAGCAAGGCCGCAACACUUCCUGAGCUGAAGAUCAGAACAUCGAAAGAGUCAUCUGAUAUAGGCCAGAACAAAUCAGCACCCAAAGAGAUGACACAGGAAGUGAAGGGGAUCAAGUCUUCUGUAACAUCCUCCAGUACUAAAUUAGAUAGGAAAAUUGACAAACGCACACACCAGAGUGAGGUGGAUGACAAUCCUGUCAUUGACAAGACAAUUGUGAUGCUCGAGUGUGAGAAGCCCCCUCUUCCAGUUGUGCAUUCAUCAGAAGAAAAUAUGGGUGUUCAAAAAGAACACUAUGGCAGUCAUGGCAAAGUAGAGAAAAAUGACAUGAUAUCAGAAUAUGCUGCUAUUCACGCACCAGCUUCACCCACGGAGGGACUUGUGAUUGAAGCUGUUCAAAGUCAAAUACAAGAGCAACCCAAGUUUCAUAUGGUAACAUCUGCGGAGAAGGAAGCACAGAACUCUUCAAGCGUCCGUACAUCUGGAAAACCCUAUCAAGCCCCCUACGCUCGGCUCUCUUCUUUAGAAGACCCAUGCACUGCAAAUCGAGAAAAUGGAAAAACACCUGCAACAAGAUUAGAGACGGAGACGAUGGGUGUUAAAGCACAAGUUUCUGGCUUUGAAGACCUGAAAUUAGCAAUGAUUCCUGAAUCCCUGGCCAAGGUUCAGGUGAAGGAAUCACCGAAAGGCUUUAAACGACUCUUGAUGUUUGCUAAGAAGAACCAUAGUUCAGUUGCAGGUGAGCACAGUGUUGAAUCAGAUAAUGCAAGUGUUGACGGUUCAGAGUUAGAUGGCAAUGUAACAAAUGCAGCUUCUUCUAGUGAAGUUCGUACAUUGAAGAAUCAAAUCUCUCGAGAUGAAGAAGCUACUUCCCAAAAACCUUCCCGCAACUUCUCUCUGUUGUCGCCCUUUCGUAGCAAGACCAGUGAAAAGAAGUUGACAUCAUCAUGAGGUUGCAGUUUAUGUACCUGCAGACAAUUUGACCAACCCUACUUCUGCUAUGACAUUUGCACAUUUAGAUGCUACCACUACGAUGAGGUGGGUUGCAGAUUUAUUUUCUUCUUUGGUCCUCUGGAGGUGUGUUGGAAAUGUCAUGUAUCAAUUUGCAUAGCUACCAUGGGAAUGGUUUUUUCUUGGCACUUAAAUCAUUGUAUAAAAAGAAAUGUUCAGCUUACCUCAACUCACUUUUACAUCUCGUGCUGUUUCAAACUGAAUUUCAGAAAAGUAUUUAUACUUAAAUGACCCUUGGUUUACAACA